UUUUAACUUCAUCAAUAGUGGUGACACAUACUUGAACACCUCCUAGUGACAAUUGCAACGAACUAAAACAUUUUUUUUAAGCUAUUGUUCGUCCUCAACGUGCGCAAUACACCUUCUUUGUGCAUUUGGCCAAGAAGUUUGUGACAAAUUUUUGUGUGGGAACUUUUCACGUAAAAAGUUCUAAUAUUUGUACUGCUUAAAAGUAAUAUGAGUAAUGUACCCAACCAAAAUGGAUCAGGUCUAGAGCAGCAACUUGCUGGUCUGGACUUGCAGGGUCGUAGCGCCGCAUCAGGGCGUUACGUACCGCCGCAUUUACGGAAUAAAGCCGCAACAAGCGCACCUAAUAAUUCUUCUGAAAGUAGUAGCUACAACGAUCGUGAUCGUAAUUCUAGCUCAAAUAAUCGAUCAACUUAUAAUCGAGGAGGUGGUGGUGGUGGUGGUGGAGGAAGUGGACGAGAUAGUGGAAGGGAUAGUGGUCGAGGAACCAACGACCGAGGAGCAGAUUAUAGUAAUUUUAACAGAAAUCGACGGGAUCAUUACCAGAAUGGUGAGAAGGAAUACUCAGAGAAUGAUCGAAGUGAUUGGGGAAGUCGAAGCGGUGGAGGUGGUGGCAACAGUGAUAGACGAUAUAAUAGUGACAGAGAUCGAGAGCGCGGCGCCGACCUGCCACGGAAUGAUCGUUGGCAAGAGCCGGAGAGACGUGACAAUGAUCGUGGAAAUAGUCGAUGGAACGAUAAUCGUGGAAUUGAUUGGACUAAACCGACAGCACCAGAUGAACGUUUGGAGAUGGAACUUUUUGGUAUUGGCAAUACUGGUAUCAACUUUAAUAAAUAUGAGGAUAUACCUGUUGAGGCUACGGGCGAUCAAGUUCCACCACACAUUACUUCGUUUGAAGAAGUGCAGUUGACAGAAAUAAUUCGUAACAACAUAUCAUUGGCACGUUACGAUAAACCUACUCCGGUACAGAAGUAUGCGAUACCGAUCAUAUUGGCACAUCGUGAUUUAAUGGCAUGUGCUCAAACCGGUUCUGGUAAAACCGCUGCAUUCUUAGUACCGAUAUUAAAUCAGAUGUACGAAGGUGGUCCAGUUGUGAAUUCACGUGAUGGACGCACUUACAAGAGGAAACAAUACCCGUUGGGUUUAGUUCUAGCACCGACCAGAGAACUAGCAACACAAAUCUACGAUGAAGCUAAGAAGUUUGCAUACCGUUCACGGAUGCGUCCAUGUGUUGUCUAUGGUGGAGCACAUGUUGGUGAUCAAUGUCGUGAUCUAGAACGUGGAUGUCAUCUAUUAGUGGCUACACCAGGUCGUUUAGCUGAUAUGAUUGAUCGUGGUAAAAUUGGUUUGGAUCAUUGUAAAUAUUUGGUCUUAGAUGAAGCUGAUCGGAUGCUUGAUAUGGGUUUUGAACCGCAGAUACGGAAGAUUGUUGAGAAAAUUAAUACGACAGCUGUUGGUGGACGACAAACGCUCAUGUUCUCUGCAACAUUUCCACCUCAAAUACAGAUGUUAGCAAGAGAAUUCUUAGAUAAUUAUAUAUUUUUGGCUGUUGGACGUGUUGGAUCAACAUCAGAUAAUAUCACCCAGAAGGUUGUGUGGGUGGAUGAACAUGAUAAACGUGAAUUCUUAUUAGAUUUAUUGAAUGCAGAUGAUUUACAUCAACCAUCAACUGAGUCUUUAACUUUAGUAUUUGUAGAAACAAAGAAAGGAGCUGAUAUGCUUGAAGAAUUCUUACGAUUAGAAGGUUAUCCAGUCACAUCAAUACAUGGUGAUCGUUCUCAACGUGAACGUGAAGAUGCUUUAAAAAUGUUUAGAUCUGGUACAGCACCGAUUUUGGUUGCAACAGCUGUAUGUGGUCGUGGUUUAGAUAUACCACAUGUCAAACAUGUCAUUAAUUUUGAUUUACCAACUGAUGUUGAAGAAUAUGUCCAUCGUAUUGGACGUACUGGUCGUAUGGGCAAUUUAGGUCUAGCAACAUCAUUUUUCAAUGAUAAAAACAGAAAUCUGAGUACCGGUUUAAUUGAACUGUUAAGUGAAGCCAAACAAGAUUGUCCAUCAUGGUUAAAUAAUGUUGCAUCUGAUGGACGUGGUGGAGGUGGUGGUGGUGGCAACAACAGACGUGUACGUAAUAAUCGUUACAAUGGUGGUGGUGGUGGAGGAGGAGGAGGUGGCGGUGGCAGCAGUUUUGGUGCACGUGAUUAUCGACAACAGAGUGGUGGAAGUAAUAGUAUGUCUCGUAAUUCUAGACAAAAUUAUGGUGGAUAUUCGAAUAGUGGUGGACAUUAUGGAAGUUCAAAUGGAGGAGGUUAUGGAGGUAAUUAUUCAAGUGGAAAUAGUGGUGGCGGUCCUGAUUGGUGGGGGGAUAAUUAAAUUUUGAUCUCACUCACUUUUUGACAAACAACCAACAACCAACAUCCAACAAACAAAAUAUAUUUAUAAUUAUAUAAAAUUUAAAUUACAGCUUUUUUUGAGCCCUAAUUUUAAAUUUGUAUCAACAUUAUAUAAAUUAUAAACAACAAAUCAAAAUCAAUUUUAAAAUUCUGAACGCAGCAGCAGCAGCAGCGCCAUACAACACAACACAACACAACACAAUCAAAUUAAUUUGAUAACAUUUGCUACCAAAUAUUAUGAAUGGUAGCCAACAAGAAUGGUAGCAUUGCGCAUGUGUUAUCUAACAUUCACCAAAAUAAAACACAAUCAAAUUAAUUUGACAACGUGUGUUUAUCAUAUAUAAUUAUAAUGAAUGGUAGCCAAAAUGGUAGCACUUCGCAUGUGUUCCCAUUCAAAUAGCAGCCACAAUCAAAUUUAUUUGACAUGGUGUUCCUACCAUAACUGUAAUGAAUGGUAGUAAUAAUGGUAGCAUUGGGGGCAUGUGGUUAUCAAUCAAACAGCAAUCAUAACCAACAAGAUACAAACAAAUUAAUUUUAAAACGUGUGUCUACCAUAAUAAAAAUGGUAGCACUGCGUGUACGCAUGUUAUUUGUGCUACCAUCUAUCUCAUUCAAACUGUAAUUGUGAGUGUGUUGUGCGUUGUGUAUUUUAUAUUUUAUCUCUAUCUAAUCUUAUCUAUCCUAUCUAUCUCUGUCGUCCACACACAUUGUACUAUUUGUACACACUGUUUGUACACCCUGUACUUGUACUGUAUGUACUACAACAACAACAAAACAACAUCAUAUUAUAAUAAUUAAUAAUUAAUUGUAUAAUUAAAGAAAACCCAAUCAAACAAUCAAUAAAUAAGAUUUAAACAUCAACAA